ACAUUUUGAAUGGCUAUUGGAUAUCAAUGCACUAUCAAUCUAUCUAACUAAUAUAGCCCCUCCCACCUCGGUUAUGUAAAGUAAGUAUCUGGACAAGCAUGAAAAUAAAGCUCUGACUAAGUAAGUCUUUGUGACUGACAUCUGCACCCUAGAGUAACCUCACCGUAUACAUGCACAUAUAUUUAAACAAGAAGUUCACCACAUAAGCAGCUGUUAAAUCAUCUAAAGACUAAGCUAAGACUAAGCUGAAAAGAUUUUUCCUUUCUACAGAUCCCUAAGGAAAUCAAAAACGACACAGUUACGGAAAACCAUGUCUGCCAAAACAUUGUUUUGACACAACAGGUUGGCCACUCAACACAUUCUGAGGUUGUUAAUUCCGGAGGGCCACUCAACUCAAAGGUGAGGGUAUCUAAGCCCAAAAAAUCUAAGAAGAAAAUUAAGGAAGAGAGUUGCGUUAAAGUCUCCAAAGAGGUGAGAACAGCAGACAAGAACAGCAGAUUCAAUGCAGCCAAAUUGUCCAAGGAGGUUCCCCAUAAACUACAACAAGGUCCCAAGAAGGUUCUCAAUAAACAACAACAAAGUUCCAAGAAGGUUCCCCCUAAACUACAGCCUUUAAUGAAGAAGCCAAACCACAACCGGCUCCCCUCUCUCACCCCUGGGACUGUGCUUGUCCUUCACACUCGGCGCCACCAGGGAAAGCGGGUGGUGUUUCUCAAAGACCUCCCCAGCGGCUUGCUUCUCUUCACCGGCCCUUUCGUCCUAAACAGAGUCCCUCUGAGCAGGGCGUCCCCAAAGUCUGUCACUGCCACGGCUACCAAGGUGGACGUAUCUGGGCUGAGGAUCCCAGAGACACUAACUGACACGUCUUUCAAGAGGAGGAGACAGAGGAAGCCUGAGAGCGAAGGAGAGGAGGGCCUGGAAAUGGGGGUAAAGAGGCUCCGCAUAGCAGAGCAGUGGAAGAGGGACCAGAGGGCCGUGGACUCCCAGGUCCUUAACUGUAUUAGGAAGGUUCCUUGGGUGAGGAGGUUCCUGAGCUCUGAACCGUACCAACGUGGUCUGUUGAAGAGUUGGAUCAACUGGAUGAUAUCACUUUCCCUCCUGGUGAUGUUUCAUCGUGAUGCAGUCAACAUGGAUCUUCUUGUCUUCGAUUCUAUGAUGUGAGGCUUCUCUCUUUAGUUCUCCUCCAAUAGCCUGUAAUGCACAGAAAAGGAGACGCGACACGUUUCUAAUGGCUCAAGUAGAAGUGAAACUCAAGAUUUCGGUUGUAAUUGGUUUGAACAUGCACAUGGGAUUAAUGCUAUAACAGAUUUAAAGACAAAUCCAUUAUUUUCCCUGUUUUGAUGCUGCCAGGAGAAGUCUGAGACAAUUUCCUUGACAAAAAGUUGUUUAUACACUCUGUCGGUUAUCAUUAUGAAGAUAUUAGGGUGCUAGUAUAGGUUCUGUGAAUGUUUAGAACUAUAUGGUUCAUUUAGGUAGCAAGAUUUGUAAAGUUGAAAAUGUUUCCUAUUUAACACAUAGGCCUAGGCCUAAGAAUACACAGUUAUUUAAUAAAAAGCAGAGGAAAGUUCAUUGUGCAAAAUUUCUGAAAUGUAUUGUAUCUGUGUCUUAAACAAUAAACGCUUCUUAAACAACUCCUUUUCAGUCUGAUAGAAUCACAAAAACGUUUUCGUCCAGCUCACUUUAAAAGUUUGAAUAAAUCUUUUUAUGAAAACAAACAUCUUACACCCUCGUGUAUUUCUUGUUUUUUUUUAUAUAGGAAAGUGGUGAUGGAUAGUAGUAGUAGUAAGCUAAUGUUUACGGUAAGGCUCCUUGACAGUUACGCACGAUUGUAAUGACCAUGGGAGUAAAAAGUGUGAGCUUCUGCAAGCUUUGGUAGGAUGUUACCACCGUGGGUUCAAAUGUAGUCGUAUUUAGGUACUAGUGAUAGCUAAUCAAUAUACAUUAAUAUUAUAUUUCAAGUAUAUAU